GUUUAUUUAAAUACAAAGAGUAAUGUUUAUAACUAAACGAAAUAAACACCAAAUGACGUUUAUUAUUAAAAAACACAAAAGUAAAGUUUGUAAUAAAGCGAUUAAAAAUCCUGCAAGUUGCAAGUACAGCAGAGGGCAGCACCGCCUCAGUUCAGACGGCACUCGCACAGCUGGCGCUCGCGGAACGGAGUGUCGAAAAUUUCAUAAACACAAACAGCCGAACCCAAACACAAUUUUAUUUUCAGCUCUCUUAAUUCUCUGAUUGCUACUCCCUUUUGCGGUGGCGAAUUUCUCGAUUGCUAAAUAGAUGCGUCGGUGAGCAAGGACUCUCAUUCCCAGGCUCAAAUCGCAACUCGGCUUUCUUUGAUGGCCGAAACUCAAGCUGCAGGCCAUGGAUAUGCUGGAGGAGAGCCUGUGUCAAAAGGUGCUAAGAAACAGAGCCUGCCCUUUUCGCUGCAAAACCGCCAGAGUGGAUGUUCGGACCAUGUGUUUGCCAGAGGUUUAAAGGUGGCUGCGGAAACCGCUCUGGUUGACAAAGAGGAAUAUGCAGACCGGAAAUUCCACAUUCCACCUAUGACGAGGUCAACGUUCCUUAUGGUUUUUAGUCCUAAUGGAAAACUUGUUGCAUCUACCCACGGCGAUCAUAUAAUCUACGUAAGUGAGGUGGCGACCGGCAGAUGUGUCCGACAGCUGAGUGGACACCCCAGAACCCCCUGGUGCCUGGCAUUUCACCCCUCAAACAACGACUUGUUGGCUUCUGGCUGUCUCGGAGGAGAAGUCAGGGUCUGGGAUCUCUGUGGUGCAAGUGAGGUUUGGUGUUCUGGGGGUCAAACUGUGAUUGCGUCAAUAGCUUUCCACCCCACUUCAGACUGUCUCUUAGUGAUUGCAACUCACAACGAGCUCCUGUUUUGGGACUGGAGCAGGAAAACCCCUUUCAUGAAAAUCAGCACCAAGCAUGAGAAAGAGCGAGUCAGAUAUGUCACUUUUGAUUCAACUGGUCAUUUUUUAAUCACCGGCAUAGCUAACAGACUUCUUUACUCCGCCUCUGUCGUCGAGGCUCAUACGGUGAGCGAUGACAGUGAGCCUGGAGAAGUCUCAAGUGUUAGACCUAGAGAAAACACAUCCAGGGUACCUCCGUCAGGUGGAGCUGCGGAACCGGAGAGACGAACCAUAACCUCUGCUGCGUCUAGGCCACCUCAGCAACCAGACAACCAAUCCAACGGAGAGAUUGAACCACCAGAAAGACUGCCAUCCUAUUUGUUAACAAGCCAGAGGCCACCUAACCCACUUCUGCGCUACAACGCUGUUCCUACCACGUCUGCAACUGCAAGCACAAGCACCUCCAAUUCUCCUGGCGACAGUUCGUCUUCAACCUCAAGUCCAUCCUCAUCUCCAUGGUCACUGGCCUAUGCAAUUAUGGGUGGAAAUGCAGGCACUCAGGAAAGGGUGCGUCUUUCUCUGCCUGCAAGAAGAUCUUCGACAACCCCUCAGUCGCGGAGGAGGAUUCCUGUUUCGUCCAGUUUUCUGAGCAGAAAUGAGGCCAGCCGUACUCUAACCACUCAGCAGAACAGGAGACUUUUUGUCAGAGAGUUUGCCAACCAGCUUUUCUCUAUGUUUGCCAGUUAUGUGCAUGAGAUGUCUUCCGACAGUGAAAACGACGCUGUCGAACCAGAGGCUCCAGCCGUUCCGGCACCCCAGGCUGUUAGGUCAAGGUCUGGAGGAGUUCCCUCCUUGACUGAAAGAUAUCGGAGGUUUCGUCCUUUGAGGGUUGGCAGAUGGAACUCUAACAUUAUUACCCAAAGCAACUUAAUCAUUCAUUCGCCCAACGAGGCAGCUAGUGGUUCUCGACAGCCAACUCCUGGAGAGAGAGGCUACAUUUUUGCAAACAUCCAUGUAAAUCACAGGAUUCAGUGCUGGACCUUCAACGUACUGGAUUUUCCACCAGACAUUUCAGACUCUUUGAAAAACAUUGUUGUUCCUAAGUGCAAGAUCAACAACGACUCCAGUGUGAGCAUCUCCUCCUGCAGUCAGCUAUUGGCUGCCAUCAUCCCCGAGUGCCAUUCUCACGACGUGAAAAUAAACGUCUACAGUCUAGGGAAAGAGUCUCUAGGUCAUCUCCUUUUCACACAUUCGCUGGCUCGUAACGUCGUUUCCAUUAGUUUCUCACCAAGCACCCAGUUCCUGUUAGUGGGUUUUGCAGCAAACCGUCUCCUGGCAUUUCGAAGGGAACGGUACCCUAUGGCUCAGAUCUUCAGAGUUCCGCCGAAUGAUAACCCUUAUUACAAUGCUAAGCCUAGUAGUUUGGAGUCAUUGAAAUAUUUGAUGCAACACAGUGACGCAUCAUGCACAUAUCGAGGCAUUAAUUGCAUGCGCUGGGCGCCCAUUUCUGGCCAGGGAAUGAUGUACGGCACAAACACUGGAGAAUUAGGAAUACUCUACUAACUUUUAGAAGUGAACAACUCUGCCAUGGUUGGCUAAGAAUUUGUGAUCUCUCGUGUUCUGUGACUGCAAAUUUAUUAAUCUGAGCUCAUCUUUAGAAUCUUUAUUUUUUAUUUUUCUCUGAAUAAUGGUAAAGAAUGCCCUUUAAAAAAAUUGUGAAUCAAUCCGUGUUGUAUACGACAUACUUUAAUUUGCUCUCCAGGAUUGCGUUAAUCGUUAAGUUUCAACAAAAAAGUGAGAAGUGCCUUGAUUAAAAAUGCAAAAAGAGCAUUAAGUGCUGUACUAUCCUCUCAUCUUUUAAUAAUUUCAGAAUAUCGAUCCUAGAUGCAACAUAUAAAAUAUAUUUAAUGUAUUAGAUAAUUAUAUAGAAAUAAAAAAGUUUACAAUUAAAUUAUGUUGUAAAUAAGAUCAGUCUUAAAAAUUAAAUAA